AUGUUCGAUAUCAAAUCUGGCCUGCUGGCCAUCAUCUCCUUGACACUAUGUUAUUUCAUCUGCCAAACGAUAUACAACAUCUUCUUCCAUCCAUUGUCUCGCUUCCCCGGCCCCGUGUCGCAUGCCAUCUCGCGCAUCCCCUACUGCUACCGCCUCAUCCAGGGCACGCUGCCCUUUGACAUGCUCGAUCUCCACCGGAAAUACGGCGACAUCGUGCGCAUCGCCCCAGACGAGCUGGCGUUCUCCCACCCAGACGCCUGGAAGGGCAUCAUGGGCCACAAGAACGGGGAGCCCGAGUUGGAGAAGGCGCAUUGGUUCUACCGCGUGGUCGACGAGCCGCUGCACAUCGCCAACGAGGACCAGCACACGCAUAAAGGGCUGCGACGCACGAUGGCGCACGGCUUCUCGGAACGGUCGAUGCGCGACCAGGAACCCAUUAUUCGCAAAUACGUCCAUCUCCUGCUGCAGCGGCUGCGUGAGAACUCGGCCGACGGGCACCCGGUCGUCAUGUCCGACUGGUACAACUUCACCACCUUUGACAUCAUCGGCGAUCUGGCCUUUGGGGAAUCGUUUGGCUGUCUCGAGGGCUCCAACUACGACUCCUGGAUCAAGGGCAUCUUCGAGGCCGGCCGACUGGGCACCAUCUUCCAGUCUCUCUCCUUCUUCCCGCUCCUCAAGACCGUUCUUUUGGCGCUCGUGCCCAAGUCGCUCAAGGAGUCGCGCGAGUACCACAAGAAGAAGACCAGGGAGAAGAUGAUGCGGCGGUUGAACCAGGCGGAGGAGCGCUCAGAUCUGAUUGAGGGUAUUUUGAAGAAGCGAGAGGAGCUGAACCUCGGACUGGAUAAAAUCAUUUCCAAUGCAGAAAUCCUCAUCAUCGGCGGCUCGGAAACGACAGCCUCCCUCUUGAGCGGCGUGACGUAUCUCCUCCUCCAGAACCCCGACGCAUACAAGAAGCUCGUCGCCGAAGUGCGCUCCGUCUUCACCUGCCAGGAGGAGAUCAACCUCGUCAGCGUGGGCAGGUUGACGUACAUGAUGGCCUGUCUUGAGGAGGGACUGCGCAUGUAUCCGCCUAUUGCAAACGGUCUGCCUCGUGUGGCGCCCAAGGGGGGUGUCACCAUCAUGGGCGAAUUCAUCCCUGAAGGCACAAACUGUGCUAUUCACCAGUGGGCAUUGUACCAUCGGGAGAAAUACUUUGAAGACCCGGAAACCUUCCAUCCCGAACGGUUUCUGGCCGACUCGCCGUUUGAUGAUCGGAAAGAUGCCUUCCAGCCCUUUCAUUUCGGGCCGAGGAACUGCCUGGGCAGAAACCUCGCAUACAGUGAGAUGCGCCUCAUCCUGGCCCUGAUCCUGUUCAACUUCGAUCUGAAGCUGGCCGAGGAGUCGCAGGACUGGAUCCAGCAGAAGAACUUCCUCAUGUGGCAGAAGGGGCCUUUAAAGGUCUUUCUCAAGCCUGUCAACUAG